UAUAAAUAUAAAAUUACAUGGCUUUGGCAAACAUUAUUUCAUGUAUUUAAAUAAAAUAUACAUAAAAUUAUUAAUAACAUACCUAAAAUAACAUAAUUUAUUGUGUGGAAACUCAUAUUUCGUGUUUGUGAAAGAAGUAAAAGUUACAAGAAGAAAAAUUUAUAAACUCAAGGAAAAACCCAAAGAAAGAAAAAGGAUACGCAAAAAUUUCUUUUCAUUAAAAUUAAAUAUUGAUAUGAUUUAAAUGUUUAACACUCAGCUACAAACUAGCUUUGAAAACGGACUUCUCAGCUACGAAAAUCCCAACUACCACAUGGAUCCGCAACACAUUGAACGAAACUCCCAUCUGUACGAUGAGAUUCUGUCGGAAAUUCAUCAACAACGCGCCAACAAUCAUCACGCGAAAAACAAUGAACUUGUUGGACGUAAAAAUUACGCAAAAUUAGACAUUGGUCAAAUGGGGGUGGAUCUAAAAGAGAAUUUUAAGUCACCCGACUCCGACACAAACAAAAAAUCCUUCAUAAAAGACGACUCGUCGCCGAGCGAAGCGAAAACCAAGUCCGACCAAAAGCCCGAAAAGAAAGACAAAAUUAAUGAAAUUCGGCACAUCAAAGGGGACAUGAACGAAAAUGACUUGUACGCACUUCCAAACAAGAAACGCGAAGAAAUCGAGGAACUCGAGGCGGAGGAAGAGCGUGCCGUGAUGUGCUGUGAAGAUGACGAAGAAGAAAAGGGAAAACAGGAAGACAUUGAGUGUAUAGAAGAUAAAGAUGCGAACAAAGACUUACCGCCGGGAUGGGAGAAACACGAAGAUAACGAAGGUCCCUAUUAUUGGCACAUCAAGUCGGGCACGAUUCAACGCGAGCCCCCUACUUGGCCUAAGGAACAGACAAAGGAAUUACGGACACCAGUAUUACCACCUCCAAACAUCAACCAAUAUUAUCAACACCAAACUUCUAGGGAAAUUAAAAGCUCAUUUUCAAGUACGCUAAGUAGUAUUUAUGGCAAUAGGGACGUCCUGAGUGGCAAGGACUCGCAAUGUUUAUCGUCGUCCGUUACGCGAAGCAACACAAGUUUCGCCCUGGAUCAAGAUGACGAGCGUCGAAGGAAGGAAGAAAUGGCGUACAAACGUCGUAGUUACCCACUCAAAUCCGAAUCUGACACGAGGCCCAUCCGCUUUGCCGUGCGAUCUCUCGGUUGGGUCGAGAUAGCGGAGGAAGAUUUAACGCCUGAACGAUCAUCAAAGGCUGUCAACAAAUGUAUCGUGGAUUUAUCUCUCGGCAAAAAUGAUUUGCUUGACGUCGUUGGAAGAUGGGGCGACGGCAAGGAUUUAUUUAUGGAUUUGGAUGAAGGUGCUUUAAAAUUGAUUGACCCGGAAAAUUUGACAAUACUAAAUACACAACCGAUUCAUACGAUUCGUGUGUGGGGCGUUGGUCGUGAUAAUGGAAGGGACUUUGCAUAUGUUGCGCGUGAUAGGACGACUAGAAUACACAUGUGUCAUGUUUUUCGUUGUGAUACUGCAGCUAGGACAAUUGCUAAUACAUUAAGGGAUAUUUGUAAAAAGAUAAUGAUAGAGAGAACGAUGCAAUCAGACACGAGUAACUUGAGUGCGUUAAGUGCGCUAAAUAACUUUUCGGCGUCGAGUAUGGCUGCCGGCGGUAUCGGAGGACGUGUCAUUCGUCCCACAGACUUGCCAACGGAGAAUCGCCGAUGGAUACGACAGCAUCGUAAGUUGCAUCUCGUAUCGCCACAUCUCCCAUCAGUUGCUCAUAGUUCCCAUUCGUCCUUACUUCUUCACUCCCAAUCCAAAAUUGUAGCUCAAUCGUUCCCGACGCCCAUGGAAGAACCGAAGAAAGUUCUCAAGGCGCAGUACAUUGGCGCGACGGAGGUGCUACAACCGACGGGUAUGGAUGUACUAAAUGGGGCUAUUGAUCAACUAUUGGAAACGGUGCCUGUGGAACAAUUUGAGAAUGUCAGUGUUUCCGUGGCGCCCAGUAUGAUCAGUAUUGUUGGGGAAAACGGACAAUUGUUCUCCGAAUGCCGAGUGCGAUAUUUGAGCUUUUUAGGCAUAGGCAAAAAUGUGAAAAAUUGCGCGUUCAUCAUGCAUACUGCCCAAGAUAAAUUUGUAGCACAUGUUUUUAACUGUGAGCCGUCGAGUGGACCCCUCUGCAAAACUAUUGAAGCUGCUUGCAAGUUACGCUACCAAAAAUGCUUGGAUGCGCAUCCCAAUCAUCCGAACCGCGAAUAUAUCGACGACUCACCAAACUCGACAAAAGGACUCGGAGCAACAAUUAAAAACUUUGUGAGUUCAUUUUCACUAAAAAAGGACAAAUCUAGUUCUUGAGAACGGGCCAAGUCCCUCCAGUAAAAUCAUUUCCAACAAACCAAAACUUAGGAAUUGUGGCCCCUACAGACAUCAACGAUAACAUCACUUUUCGCCGCCACAUCAAACUCAUCAUUAACGACAUCCACAUCGCCAGCGACGACAAAUAAUACGCAAGUAGCAGUAGCAUCAGUACCGACAAAGCCCACCACAUUAUCAACAGACACGGAUCGAGAAGUAAUUCCGCAUCGGCAUCUCCUCUCGCCCACAGCAACCAACAAGCAGAUGGACUUUGAGCAUGUUGCUGCCAUUGCGAGUCCUUAAAGGGAGACGACUGGUUGAAUUUUGUGUAUGAAUUGAAGGGAAGACGCAGGUUUGUUGAUCAAUGAUAUAUAUUUUAAAAUGUUACAGAAAUAAAUUUAAAUGAAAAAUGGAGAUUAGGCUUUAUAAAUAUGUCAAAAAAUAAUAAAAUUAAUU